UUUUAAUAUUAUAAAAAUAAUUUUUACAUCUAACAAAUUCUAAAGGGUUUUUAGGAAGAUAGUGCCAACAAGUCAAUAUAUUUUGGAAAAGCAGGAGUCUAUGCUUUUAUUUGGUCUAGAAAUAAUUAUUUGCUUCAUUAAAUUUGAAAAUAUAAAAAAUAUUUUUAUUUUGAAUAAAUAACAUUAUAAAGUUAGGUUGUGGAAGAAAAAAAACGAGGCCCAACGCUUGUUGACAAGGAAGGUGAAAAAUGGGGAAGAGCUACGAGGAUGUAGGAGGACUGAGACAAAGAUAUUAUAAGGAUAGAAUUAUUUUAGGGUAGGGGCCACAAAAGUACGAGAAUAAAUUUAAGGAAAAUCUAGAAAAGGCUACUUUCAACGUUCGCUUGACAGACUGAAGAAAGGCUGCGGUGGCUCUUUUCGGCUCCGAAACAUUUGUGUCGGGCAACGCCGCCAGGGACUUGCAUGAAGGUAAACUGUUUGCUGUUUCUCUGCUAUUCAUGAUACACCACUUGGUCUUGUACAACUGUUAGCAUGGAUGUUGGUUUGAUAGACGAGAACAUGGAACAUUAUGUGGGAGCUGUUGAAGUUGAUUCUCUACCUAAUGAAGGUGGAGAGGUGGAUGGAUCUGAAGACCCUACAGAGAAGGAGUUGCUUACUCAGGAUGCGAAUGGGAAUGAAGAGCCACAUGUGGGUAUGGAGUUCAAAUCUGGAGAUGCUGCCAAAACUUUUUAUGAUGAAUAUGCAAAGCGUGUAGGCUUUAGUACACGUGUCAAUCAGUCCAGUCGCUGUAAGCCUGAUGGGACAAUUUCUGAACUGGAGUUUAUAUGUGGAAGGGAGGCCUUGAAAAGAAAAAAUGGUGAAAAGUGCAAUGCCAUAUUCAAGGUUGAGAGACAGGAUCUGGACAAGUGGGUGGUAACCAAAUUUGUAAAGGAGCAUAGCCACUCAACUAUCACCCCCAAUAAGGUGCAUUACCUCCGGCCUCGUAAACAAUUUUCUGGGGCUAGAAAGACCAUGGAUCAAUCUUAUAAUGAUAUGGAUUUUUCCUCCAAUGAUGAUAUGGAUCCUUCUAUCGAUGGAAAUCACAUUCCCAUUGAAAUAAGCUGUGUAAAUCGCCCUGUUAAGAAUUUUAUGUCUGCAAGUUCUGCUAGACAUUCCAAUAGAAAGAGACACCUUGGAGAUGCUCAGAAUCUCCUGGAUUAUUUUAAGAAGAUGCAAGCUGAGCAUCCUGGCUUCUAUUAUGCUGUACAACUUGAUGAUAAUAAUUGCAUGACUAAUGUUUUUUGGGCAGAUGCAAGGUCAAGAACAGCUUACAGUCACUUUGGUGAUGUGGUUAACUUUGACACAACUUACAGGCUAAAUCAUUACCGGGUACCAUUUGCUCCAUUCACGGGGGUGAACCAUCAUGGUCAGAUGGUGUUAUUUGGUUGUGCUUUACUUGCAGAUGAGUCUGAAUCUUCCUUUAUUUGGCUUUUUAAGACAUGGCUUGCAGCGAUGAAUGAUCAGCCGCCUGUUUCUAUAACAACUGACCAAGAUAAAGUUGUUAGGUCAGCUGUUUCUAAGGUGUUUCCUGGAACACGCCAUCGUUUAUGCAAGUGGCACAUUUUGAGAGAAGGGCAGAAAAGACUGGCUCAUGUAUGUUCUGCUCAUCCCAUGCUGCAGGGGGAUUUGUAUAACAGCAUUAACUUGACUGAGACGAUUGAAGAGUUUGAGUCAUCCUGGAGCUCUAUCAUUGAUAGGUAUAAUCUCUCAAAAAAUGAUUGGCUCCAAGCAUUAUAUAAUGCUCGCACACAGUGGGUCCCAGUCUAUUUUCGGGAUUCUUUUUUUGCUGCAAUUUCUUCAAACCAAGGAGGUGAAGCUGCUGGUUCCUUCUUUGAUGGUUAUGUGGAUCAACAUACUACCUUACCAUUGUUCUUUAGGCAGUAUGAAAAAGCUUUGGAACAUUGUUUUGCAAAGGAGAUAGAAGCUGAUUUUGAUACAUUUGGGACCACACCUGUGUUGAAGACACCAUCACCUAUGGAGAAACAGGCAGCAAAUCUCUAUACCAGGAAAAUAUUUUCUAAGUUUCAAGAAGAAUUAGUUGAAACUUUUGCCUAUACUGCAAACACAAUAGAAAGUGAUGGGGCAGUCAGCACUUUUAGAGUUGCAAAAUUUGACGAUCAGCAAAAGGUAUACAUGGUCACAUUGAAUGUUCCUGAAAUUAUUGCAAGUUGCAACUGUCAGAUGUUUGAGUACUCAGGCAUCCUUUGUAGACAUGUAUUGACAGUCUUCACUGUGACAAAUGUUCUUACACUACCAUCCCACUACAUUUUGAAACGCUGGACAAGGAAUGCCAAAGUAGGGGUUGGAUCAUAUGACCAAGGGCCUGAACUUGAAACUCCAAAAUCCGUGACCUCACGUUACAAUACUAUAUGUCGAGAAGCCAUCAAAUAUGCUGAGGAAGGGGCAAUAACCGCAGAAACAUAUGACGUGGCCAUGGGUGCUAUAAGAGAGAUGGGCAAGAAGAUUGCUGUCAUGAAAAAAAAUGUUGCAAGAGUUACACCUGGGGGACCUAGGGUCAGUGGAAGCCAGGAAGACAGUAAUAAGCUGCCCUCUUCAUCAGCUUCAAACUUGAUCCCAUUAUUGUGGCCCCAACAAGAGGAAGCGAAAUUUAAGCCACUCUGGAAUUCUUCUGAUACAGCACCAUCAGUAAGGUUGCAUCAAGCAACACGUCAUACAAAUACUAAUGAUACUGGUUGUCUUGCACCUCCUGCUGAUCAGUUGCCUCUCAUGGCUCCUGUGUCAUUUCAACAUGAUGAUGCCCUUCCAGAUAACAUGGUUGUUCUCCCUUAUCUCAAGUCUAUGACUUGGGUCAUGGAAAAUAAGAACUCAAGACCUGCCAAAAGACUUGCUGUGAUCAACCUUAAGCUUCAAGAUUAUAGCAAGGCUCCUCUAGGCGAAACAGAAGUGAAGUUUCAACUUUCUAAGGUCACACUGGAACCUAUGUUGAGAUCCAUGGCAGACAUUGGUGAGCAGCUUGCAACACCUGAUAGUCGGGUUGCAGUGAUAAAUCUGAAGUUGCAAGAUACUGAGACAACUUCAGGGGAAGCAGAGGUGAAGUUUCAGGUCUCCAAAGACACUCUUGGUGCCAUGUUAAGAUCUAUGGCCUAUAUCCGUGAACAGCUCUCUAACCCUGUUCAACGCCAACAAGGACAACCUUCAAAAAAGCAAAGGCUGUAAAGAUACAAGAUCCAAUUUUGUUUAUUGCCAGUACAGACCCAUGUAAUCUUCAUCAAUGGCAUCUGGUUUAGUCACCCAGAUGGAUUUCAGUGAUUCGGGAAAUUCCUCCAGCCCGGAACCUGCUACAUGAGAUGUUAGUUGUACAUUAAUUUGAUCAAAACGUAGGGACUUGACACUGCAUCAAAGAUUUCUUUCAGUUAGGCUUUGGUAAGCUUGAUCCUUGUGAAUUGAGAUGGAUUGCUUGGCUUACCAUAAGGUUAUUGAACUCUCCAGCAGUGAUGGGCUUGGCUCCUUUGAAGGGGAUCGCACAGGUACUGCUGCUAUAUAAAUAAAAAUUUUCCCUGCAAUUAAAUCACUUUUUUUAAUCGUUCA